GUCGUUCUCUAGCGCUCUACCUUUCAUGUGCGACUCUCGGCGUGAGUGCACGUCCGCCCGCCCUACAUUGCAAUACGACUUGGAUACUUUUGGGAUAUCGCAUGUGUGUGCAAUCCUAAAAACUUUUUGAAUGACAAUACCGAACUUGUUUGUGUAAAUAAAUACGUGUUGAAGUGAACUUUGUUUGAAUUAUCAAGAGGAUUCUAUAUUGUGCUCUUAAUAACUUGUCAAACUGGUUACUCGCAGUGCAGAUGGAUCGGACUCUCAAUCCGAAAUCAUUUCUCCCCUAACCGGAGACGUGGGAUUUGAAGACGACGAUAUGAUGAACGAUCUAUCAGCCAGUUCUUACGCAGCUGACGCCAGAAGAAUGCAGUUGUUCUCGCAUACACAUCCUAGUCAUCGGGAGCUGUCAAUCCAUGCUGUCUCCACUCAUGAAUUGCUGAAGCCGAAAGAGGAGCCUCAUUACAGCCUGGCCUCGCCUGAACAAUGCACCGUCAAUUUAUCUCAUAUGAAUAAACGGGUGGCUAGAUCCAGUCCGUGCAGCCACUUUGAAAGAGGGAAUUCAAGUUUGGUCAGCAGAGUGAAAACAGCUCCUGUUGUCACUACAUCUCUGGCGGAAACCAUCAGCAGCAGUGAGCCAAAGCCGGAAGCAACAUCAAGCUCUAAUGCAGACAAAUCUCCGAAUUCGCAAGAGACGACAAAACCCCCAUAUUCAUAUGUUGCACUCAUUACAAUGGCUAUACAGAAUAGCGAAACAAAGAAAGCUACACUGAGUGAAAUAUACGCGUAUAUAACGAAGGAGUUUCCAUACUUUCAAAAAAAUAAAAAAGGUUGGCAGAAUUCUAUUCGGCACAACUUGAGUCUCAACGAGUGUUUCAUUAAAGUUGCACGGGAGGGUGGGGGUGAACGCAAAGGAAACUAUUGGACACUUGAUCCACAAUGCGGGGAUAUGUUUGAGAACGGAAACUUUAGAAGGCGACGCCGCAUGAAGAGACCUUUCCGGGGGGCUCCGUACGCUAAAGGGUUAUAUGGCGACGGAUAUCAUACCGGACCGAUGGGUCAAGUUCAUGGACCAUCGUUGUCCAUCUCUGCCAACUAUUUUGGACCUGGAACAUACUCCACAUCAUAUCCCCAUUUUGAACCGAGCUGGUUGGGUCAGCCGUCCACAAGUCUUGGGUACAGUGGUGCUUGUCCAGCACACACAAACCUACAGCACCAAGCCACUCCAUUCGGCUCUUACAUAACACAACAGCUACAAGAACAUUUGCAGAGUCCUUUGCAGCCAAUACCCAUAUCGAUGAAUACACCAUACCCGAUGGGAUUUUCGAGCUUUGAAACAUCACCAAACUCUGCGCCAGGGUAUGCAACGCCCGCCGAUGGGCAUCAAGGACAUCACGACAACGUGAGUGCUAGCGAAGCUGCUCACUACUGGGCUACAGAUUCCAACGCAAGCCAUUCCAGAGCUUAUGAGCAUCCAAACAACAUACGAUCACCACACGAUGAAGGCAUAGAUAUGGCUGAAAACACUGCUCGCUAUCUCCUGUGGCCCGAAGUAAAAGAAGAUAAUUCAUUAAGCUUCGCUCCAGUUGACCCAUAAAUUGGAAAUGAAAGGCGGCAAAAAUAAUGAGGAAUAGCUUCAUACGACCUCAACCGGCGUGCAAAACCAAAAUAUCCCACCGAAAUUUUGUGUAACAUCAGCUUAUUUUGGUCGAGGCACUUGCAUCGUGAUCUCAUCGAAUGUUUAUUUGACUCAAAUUUAAAAAAAAAAUAGCGUCUCAAUUUUCUACUUCAAAAUUGUUAUACAUUAACUAAUUAACGAUCUUUAUAACCUAAACAUAUGAUCGGAUUUGGUCCGGCCGAACCAACUUCGCGGUCCGGUCUUUUCGAUGGUACGUAACAUUGUCCAUCGCAUAAAAUUAUUGUUAUUGACCGUACCGAGUAUGACGCAAGACUAAUUGGUGCGAGGCGCCCAUCGGACCUUCCGAUGGGCCGGCCGUACAAAAUCCAACAAUAUGUUUAGACUAUUACAAUAAUUAAUAAUUUUUUUGAUUCAUUGUUUGCAUGCCGUCAUCACAGAUUUUUGUCUAAGCAGUUUCCCUUCAUUGACAAAAUAAUAACGUGUACAUAAUUAUUAUACUAUAAUACCAAUAAUGUCAUUUUUAUUAUUUAAAUAUUGUUUCAACAACAUGAAACUAAAAUUGGAUGUGAAAUUGUAUAACUUUUUAAUAUAUUAUUCCAAUUAAUAA